CCACAUUCCUUGCAGUUCUAUGGUUACCACUACGUGACACCGUUUUCGAUUAACCCGACGCUCUCGCGGUUUCAACUGUACUGCGGGUGCCGUUUCCAACGGUCCGCUACCCGCUUUUAUUUUCUACCUAUCUCUAUUUUGGUGGUGGAUGUAGCCAUGCAAGUGCCGGAUUUCAAAGUUAUUGCACCAUUAGGUCAGGAAGUCAAAACGAACGAGCACACACGUGCAGCUACUGCAGCAAAUCAUUUUCACGCGCUGGCGAUCUGCGGAUGCACAUCCACUCUGUACAUUUGAUUGUCGGCUGUUCCACGGAGACAUACAUGCGGACUAACAGCUUCCUACCGGAUUUCCCACUAACUGGAUUAGAGUCCGUCAAUAAUAAGUUUUGCCUUCGCAUCUCUAACUAUGUCGUGUUAUCCUCGUUAAACGUGUCGAAGGUUGACUAAUGAAAUGAAUCCCGACGAACGAACGCACAUGUGCAGCUAUUGCAGUAAAUCAUUUUCUCGGGCAAACGAUCUGCGGAAGCACACCCGUUCUGUACAUUUGAAAGAGCGAACUCACAAAUGCAAUCAUUGUGAUCGAACCUUUUCCCGAGUGCACAGUGUUCGGGUCCACGAGAGGUCUGUGCACUUGAAACAACGCCCCUAUUCAUGUGAAUACUGUAAACAAUCGUUUACCGAGAACAGCCAUAUGCAAAGGCAUAUCAGAACCGUUCAUUCGA